ACCAGGUAGUCCAGCAUGUCUGCACCAGUAGAGGGAACAGGAGAACCUGAAUGGACACAUGAAAUUCAGAGGCAGGGUAAAGGGGGAUGGAGGGUAAAAGCGGUAUCGUCGCUUGGCCUCCUGUUGCCAUGGUAACCCCCACGCGUAGACGCGCAACAACACCGAGAUGUCAACGUCGGCUCUAAAAGAAGACAGAAAGAAGAGACGAGCUCUGGUUCUGAGGCCCUCGUCUCGAGCUUUGAACGUGUCCGUGUCGGGGACAGUGAAUGCAGUGAACCUGAGCAGCAGACACACGCACAGCGGAGUGAGCAGGAGGAGCUUCAGUCUGACAGCAGGAGGAAGCAGAGUCCUCCUGGACAAGAGACCUGAGACUGUCCGGGUGUUUGAUGAAGAAGACAACGAUGUUACUCCUCAGCCGCUGUACCAUGCAGAUCCAGCAGGGGCAGUGCAGGCCCGAGGCUGCAGGUUCUUUGUGGAGGAACUCUCUGCAGGUCCUGGAUCCACAUCAGACCACACAACAGCCACAGGCAGCAUCACUGUGCCUCUCUCCAGGUCAGUGUUUGGAAGCAGCAGAAUAUCCAGCCAGUCGACAAUCGAAUCCAUGAAUGAGGAGAUUGAAGAUACAUUCUCCAAACGAGACAUGCCCGUCAACUUCCCAGAUGUGCAGGUGAAAAGAGACACAGUGAAAGAACACGUGACAGAGGACAUGUUGAAAGACAUCAUAGAUGUCUUCAUUUCUGAGACGGACACUAUUUCACUGCUGGACCUUCCCUGCACGGCCGUGUCAGUGGACGCUCAUAACGCAGAAGCUGUCCAAGAGAGAAACAAACAGUACGCUGACGUGUGCAAGAACAGAGUGGGCAACGACAAGUACACGCAUCGCUCCAUGCAGACGCUGAACGGCGCGGUUAAAAACAAACAUGUCCAGAGUGACGGCGUGCUCACGGGGGACGCAGCCACGACUGUGACCACGUGGGACAUGUAUGAUACUGUGUGCAGCUGUGAGCAGGACGAAACAGGAGGACACAGCGCCGAGACGGAGAAGGUGAAGUGUCCAGAGGCCGCUGUGGACGUGAGCAGAGGUGCAGACAGGAGUGUGUCAGUGGGCAGCACAGUCAGCACAGCCAGUGCUGCCAGCUCACUGAAGGAUGUGGACGUGUUUGCCAUGACUCCUGAGUCAGACCUGCAGCUCAUCAUGCAGUCAGAGAAAUUCCAGUACUCUUUACUAGUAAUGGAGAGGAGCAUCCUGGGAAAUACCUUCCAACCUGAGCUGGCUGCCUAUCGUCAGCUGCCUGUACUAGAAGGUGCAGACACUCAGCUGAAGCCUGGGACGGCGGACACAGAAAGCUGUGGCUCUCCAGCUCUGCGGCAGCUGUGGGCUUUCAGCUGUGAGCUCAGCAGGGGGCGCCGUGUCAGCAGCAUGGCCUGGAACAAGAAGAACCAGGACCUCUUGGCUGUAGGUUACGGCGAAUUUGACAACAUUAAUAUGAAACCGGGUCUGGUUUGCUGCUGGUCCCUGAAAAACCCCACUUGGCCUGAGCGUGUCAUCCACUGUGACAGCGCUGUGACUUCUCUGGACUUCUCCACCGUUAACCCCGGUCAGCUGGCUGUGGGGACGCACGACGGCACCAUCGCCGUCCACAGUGUUCACGGACAAAGCCACGGCUCACAUGUGAUGAGCAGCAGCGAGUGUCCCAACAGACACUCAGGUCCAGUGUGGCAGCUCAGGUGGACUCAGCAGGAGUUGACGCUGACGGCAGAGGAGAAGACGGAGGCUCUGGUCUCUGUGUCUGCUGACGGCAGGAUCAGCAGGUGGUUCAUCUUCAACAACGGCCUCGACUGCAACGAUCUGAUGAAGCUCAAGAGGAUUCAUAACACAAAGAAGAAAGCAGGAGUGAAGAAGAUAGAGAGUGUUCUCUCAGUGCUGACUCCUGGACUCUGUUUUGACUUCCACCCAACAGACUCCAGCAUCUACUUGACUGGAACAUGGGACGGUCACAUCCACAAGUGCUCCUGCUCCAACACUCAGCAGGUCCUGGAGACUUUCAGGAAACACUUUUGUCCCGUGAACUGCGUCGCGUGGUGUCCCUUCAGUGCUGACGUGUUCCUGAGCUGCUCCUCUGACUGGACCAUACAGCUGUGGAAGCAGGACCAUCAUCACCCUGUGUUGGGCUUCACUUCUGCUCAGAAACCUGUGUGCGACAUCAAGUGGUCCCCAAAGUGGGCCACUGUGUUUGGAGCCGUCAAUGAGGGACAGCUGGAGAUCUGGGACCUGAAUUCAAGCAUCCUGGACCCAGUCAUUGUGCAGCCUGCUGCCCCCGGUGUGACCAUGACGUCCCUGCUCUUUGCCGCACAGUCACACUGUGUCCUGGUCGGAGACAGUGACGGACAAGUGACAGUUUAUGAGCUCAAGGGCCUGAGUGUGGGAGACAGCAGCCAGGUGGACGUUCUUGAAGGCCUCGUUUUCUCUGCAGCUUCCACAUAGACGUGUGUGCAGGAGACGGGAGGAAACUCCACCAGCUGACUCCAAUCCUACAAUCACCUGUCUGUCUUCUUAAGCUCAGCUCGGCCACAUCCACACUGACUGACCGUCACCACUGUUCAGUCUGUCAUCUGUAUUUUGUGCCUCUAAUUUAAGUCUCUUGUAUCCAGAGCUGCCUGCUCUGUCCUCUGACUCCAUGGACUCUGUCACCUGCUUUUCCUGUCUGCAUCUCCUCUGUCCUUUGGACCGUCCCCUCCACAAGAAGAGCUGAGCUGAGCUCUUCUGCCGCUUUUGUGAAAUAAACCUUUUUUAUUU